UGGCAACACGUAUCACGCUACUGUCAUUGGAUACGGCUGAUCCACGGUUGCCCUCUGUCAUGUGACUGCACUUGUGACAUAGACGGCGCGGCCCAGUUAGCGUCUCCCUGUCCAUCAUGGCUUCAUGUUAUGGAGUCACCCUUCUGUGCGCGGUAUUCAUGUCUACAGUUUUCGUCUGUGACGGGGAAGUACCUCAACAGAAAGUGCUGGAGGCCAACUGCAACAACAACCUCAACUUCCUCGGAAGCAUGGUGCUGGUUGUAACAAAUCUGACCUCAGUGGAUCAGUGUAACGUCAUCAUUCAAAGCACCAUCUCCAACAACAAACUUCUCAUCGAUAUCAUAAAAUUAGACCUCGUGGACAACUGCACGGACAGCACUCUGAACAUCCUCGACGAAACUGGAAGUAGGAUAUCAGGUCCAUUAUGUGAAGAGGAAAAUGCAACAGUGUUUAGGACAGAGAGCAACUCUGCUCAGAUCCAGUACAUGACCAAAUCACCCAACACUCAUGGGAAAACUUUGUCUAUCAUCAUCACCUCAUUUAACGAAGGAAUUAAUGGAAAAUGUGCUACAAUUGAAUACCAAUGCGCCAACAAACUGUGCAUAUCCAAAGACUUGGUGUGCAAUGGGUUCAACGAGUGUUCGGAUAACUCCGACGAGUUAGACUGCGGCCCAGAUGAUACUCCCCCAGGAGAAAACACUGGACUCAUUGUGGGCGUGACAUUCGCUUGUCUGAUAGUCGCCGGCGUGGCGGCAGUGUGUCUCUUAAUACGAUUUAAGCGGAAGCGCGGUUACGACAGCAUUGGAAUAAACACUUAAAAUGAUGCUGAUGUUGCAGUUGUUGCAACGGAAUGGAUGCAACAUUUUGUCAGAUUGUCGAUUUCUUCCAGCAUUUACCAGUAUGACUGAAUGACGGUUUAUGUGUGACUCUUUGAGUGCAAUAUUUUUAUUAAAGGAAUCAACUGUGCUACUUUUGAUUCAGUCAAUAUACCAAAAUACCAGACAUGUCAACUUGGUUUGAGGGUGAUUAUUUUUCUGUCAGAUUCAAUAAAAUAAAUUAACAGAAAAACCACA